CCGCUGUGAGGCGGCGGAGCGAGCGCGGGGGGCGGCGGGCAGAGCGCGGAGCCCGCGGCACGGCCAGCAUGUCCUCCAUCCUGCCCUUCACUCCUCCCAUCGUCAAGCGGCUCCUGGGCUGGAAGAAAGGCGAGCAGAACGGGCAGGAGGAGAAAUGGUGCGAGAAGGCGGUGAAGAGCCUGGUGAAGAAGCUGAAGAAGACGGGGCAGCUGGACGAGCUGGAGAAGGCGAUCACCACGCAGAACAUCAACACCAAGUGCAUCACCAUCCCCAGGUCCCUGGAUGGCAGGCUGCAGGUGUCCCACAGGAAGGGGCUGCCCCACGUCAUCUACUGCCGGCUGUGGCGCUGGCCCGACCUGCACAGCCACCACGAGCUGCGCGCCAUGGAGAUGUGCGAGUUCGCCUUCAACAUGAAGAAGGACGAAGUGUGUGUCAACCCCUACCACUACCAGAGAGUGGAGACCCCAGUGCUGCCCCCGGUGCUGGUGCCCCGGCACGCAGAGAUCCCAGCAGAAUUCCCACCCCUGGAUGACUACAGCCACUCCAUCCCAGAGAACACUAACUUCCCUGCAGGUAUCGAGCCCCAGAGCAACUACAUUCCAGAGACCCCUCCUCCAGGCUAUUUGAGUGAGGAUGGAGAAACCAGUGACCACCAGAUGAACCCCAGCAUGGAUGCAGGUUCUCCAAACUUAUCACCAAACCCCAUGUCUCCAGCACACAACAAUCUGGAUCUGCAGCCUGUGACCUACUGUGAGCCAGCUUUCUGGUGCUCCAUAUCCUACUACGAGCUCAACCAGAGGGUGGGGGAGACUUUCCACGCCUCCCAGCCCUCCAUGACCGUGGAUGGCUUCACUGACCCCUCCAACUCGGAGCGCUUCUGCCUGGGGCUGCUGUCCAACGUCAACAGGAACGCGGCCGUGGAGCUGACGCGGCGCCACAUCGGCCGCGGGGUCCGGCUGUACUACAUCGGCGGGGAGGUGUUCGCCGAGUGCCUCAGCGACAGCGCCAUCUUCGUGCAGUCCCCCAACUGCAACCAGCGCUACGGCUGGCACCCGGCCACGGUCUGCAAGAUCCCGCCAGGCUGUAACCUGAAGAUUUUUAACAACCAGGAGUUUGCUGCCCUGCUGGCACAGUCGGUGAACCAGGGCUUCGAGGCCGUGUACCAGCUGACCCGCAUGUGCACCAUCCGCAUGAGCUUCGUCAAGGGCUGGGGCGCCGAGUACAGGAGGCAGACUGUGACCAGCACUCCCUGCUGGAUCGAGCUGCACCUCAACGGGCCCCUGCAGUGGCUGGACAAGGUCCUGACCCAGAUGGGCUCCCCCAGCAUCCGCUGCUCCAGCGUCUCCUAAGGAAAAACUGCUGGGCCACGGGCAACAGAGACUGCAGCACCCUUAGCAAAGGCAUAGUAACCAACUCCCCAGUUACUCAAGCAAUGAGAAAAAAUCUGCUUCAGAAACAAAAGAGAAGUGGGUUUUCUUUGUUUUGUUGUUGUUUUUAAAUACCCGUUUAAGCCACUUCCACUGAAACUGUUGGCACUUUGGUGGGGAUGCUCUGCAGCUGGAAUUUGGAGCAGGAGUUGGUGAGGAUGAAGAGCUGGACUUGCUUCAGUGGAGAGCGGGCAGUGCCAGCCUGGCUCUGGGCUGUGUGAGCACUCAGGAGCCAUCCCAGCUCCCAGGAAACUUCCCCUUCCCUCACACAACCCCAGGACCAGCAGGGCCUGCAGGAUGGGAACAGCAGACUCCAGGAUGGCUCCUGCUUGUGCAUUCCUUCAGCACCCAGCUGAUCCACGGGGGCUCUGCAGCAGCAGGGGGAAGGAGGCUUUUCAAACACCCAAAAGAACCAAUUCCCCCAGGAGUGUUCCCAAAAGGAAGGAGUUUCCCCCACUUCCACCCAAGGAGCCUGAGGGGUGAUGCCCUCGUGGCUCAGCCUGGAUUCAGGAGCAGCAGGCCCGGCGUGAGGCUCUCCUGCUGCUGCUGCUGCAGCCAUUUUUGCCUGGAGCUGCUCCCAGAGGGAUGAGUGUCCCUGCCUGAGCAAUGAGGCUCUGUCUCUGCAGCCUCUGCAUGAAUCCAGCAGCUCUGGGCUGGCUUUGCCCAGUGCAGCAGGGCUGGGAUGGCUGUGUCCUGCCCUGGAGGGGAUCCUGUGCUGUCACAUGCAGCACAGGACACCUCAGACACAAGCAGCCCUCUGCGUGGAACUUGUUCCAGCUGAUGGAAAUGCUCUAAGAUGUGUUUUUGCCUGGAGAAAUCGGCAGAGUGUGUAUUUACUGUAUUAUAAAAUGUUCAUUUUAAACAUACA